CCGCCAUCAGUAGAUCUAUCUACAGUAGCAAAUGUGACAACGAACGCGCCGUUGGAUCGCAGAUGUGUAGCGCUACGUAGCACUGGCAAAUUUCAGGUGUGGAAUCGACAGUGCUGAAUCAGCGUCGACACCAUCGCAGGCACUCCACUUCGAAAUGCAACUUUGACGAUCACCUUAUUUUCGACCAAUUAGCGGCGCCACUUCCAGCUACACAAGAUGGCGGCGACAAAGGUGAGCAGACCUUGCUGUGCUGCGCUGUGCUAGACGGCUUACUCCCUGCUGCCUGCAUGCACAGCCCAAAUGGAAAAAGACCCUCUACGCGCCGCAGCCUUACGAGGACAACUACGUCGAUGAGACGUUCCUGGAGCAAAUGCGGACGAACGCUAACGUGCAAGAGCACGACUACGGGGGCAUGGUUCGCUCAGCCGCAGCCAUCACACAGCAGAUAUGCGCCGUCUUGAUCUUUUUCUCAGUUUUCGAGUUCGUCCGUCAAGAUGCAGUCUCCGCUGUGCUGCUGGGCGGUAUUGACGUGUUCCUGGCAGUAGUUGGCUUUGCUGUACUUCGUAUCUACCUCGGUCUACCCCUGCUGGACACACUGAGCUCGUGCCUGCUCUUCUGCGCCACGCUGUCACUGCUGUCGCCCGUACUGCGGACACUCACGAAGUCGUACGCGGACGACACGAUUUGGGCAUUGGUAACGUUUCUGGGGCUGCUACACCUCAUAACGCACGACUACAACUAUGUCAACUCGGGCAUCGGUCGCUUCAGCGGCACCAUCUCACUGAACGCCGCCAUCUUCACAGCGGUACUGCUAGGUUCGAGACUGCAGUCGAAUGAGCACGUAUUCGCGUUUGUGCUACUGGCUAUCGAGAUCUUCGCCAUGUUCCCCAUUUUCCAGCGCGAGGUCAAGCGCCACUCGGAGCGGCUGCACCUCAUAACGGCAGUUGCGCUGUUUGCACUCUCGUCGACACUGACUUGGCAGCUCUCUGGCCUGCUGAGUGUGCUAGCAGGUGCCUUCGUUCUCUUCCUGGCCUUCGUGUGCCCGCUCUGGUUCAUGCACGUGCAGGAGUCCAAGAAUGAGAUUCUCGGCCCUUGGGAUAUUGCACACAUCCAGCCCGAGCAGUAGCUGCGCCCGUGACGGCGAUAACCUAGCAGUUUGGGCGUCACCUCAGCGUAGUGACGGCGUAGGAAUCGUGGCUACGGAGCAGCAUUGACUGCAUGGCCUCCGUCGUGCUUUGCCCGCCAUUCGUUCAUUCAAAUGCACCAACGGACACGCGCCAAAGCAACUUCAAGCACCGUUGCACACCGUUUCGUUCGCCGCAUUUUCUUUCGAACCCGCCAACUGUAACUGAAUAAGUAUCUUUUGCCCGCAGCGUGCCUCUUCGCGCGCAAUGCUGGACGAACGCAGUUAUUUGAUUGUAGUAAUUUGAUAGAGUGAGAUCGGAGACUGCCGAGCGCUGCAAGGCUCUUCUUCCGCCCUCAGCUGCCGUCUGCCCG